AUUUCACUGUUGUUGGUUUCAUGCAAUAUUUUUAUCGCCGGUGAAGAUAGAAGAAAAGUGAAUGUAAGUCAGCAAUGAGCUCAUAACACGAUUGUUAUAAGUUUAUUUCGAUCAAAGGUUGAAUACAGAAAUACCAAUGGUGAUAUAGCGAUUCUAAUAGACAGCCAUGAUGGACAACUUAUCGCAUCCUUUUAUGAACAACCCACAGCCAGUCGAUGUUCCAACCGAACGAGUUCAAACGGUAGAAGAUAUAUAUAAAUGGAUUCAGGAGCAACCCAAAUUUCCGCCUUUUACUAAGAAUCACGCUAUUCUAUUCCUGCAUGCAUGUUAUUGGGAUCUUGAAGCGACAAAGAGCGCAUUAUCCCAAUAUGUCGCAAUUCGUGCAUCUGCAUCAGAUCUAUUUGACAAUCGUGACGUUUCGUUGAAGAAUAUUCAAAUGAUUCUAAACGUAGCACAAAUGAUUUCGUUGCCAAAGACAACAAAAGAAGGCUACCAAAUCUUGAUUUAUCGAUUAAUCGACACGGAUCCCUCCAAAAUUUUAUUUUCCGAUGCCAUUAAAGGAUUUUGCAUGUUUAAUGACAUACGUUUGAGUGAGGAUUUACUGGCAGAAGGUUAUAUUGUUAUAUUUGAUAUGAAAGGUGUACGCUUGGGACAUGUUUCACGUGUUCAACUUGGACCUUUAAGAUCAUUUAUGUCAUACAUUCAAGAAGCACAUCCAGCCCGUCUGAAAAAGAUUUAUAUAUGCCACGCAGCAUCUUUUGUCAACCAGGUCAUGUCAUUGGUGAAACCAUUGAUCAAAUCUGAAUUGAUGUCACUUCUACAUUUCACUACGAAAGGGCCACAGUCAAUCAUUGACAAAGAUCUACUUCCAAUUGAAUAUGAAGGAACUUGCGGCUCUUGUGUUGAACUUUAUGAAGAUCAGCGAAAAAGAAUGGAAACAAUUUAUAAGGAUUGGCUAAUAGAUUCAGCAAAAUACAAAAAGAUAAAGAGCUCAAACAAGAAGGAAUCAAAGAAAAAAUCGUUUGCUCCACCAUAUCAAUCAUUCAGUGCAUUAGAAAUAGAUUAAUUCUUAUAUCGACAGACUCUUUGUUGCAGUUAAUGUCUGUUUUGCUGUUUUUUCUCGUUUUUUUGUGCCAAAAGAAUCGUUUUUAGAUAAUAUAUACCUCGGCAGAACUUUUUUUUGAAAAUUUAUUUGCAAUAGAACAAUUCAGAUCACCGUUGAGUCAGUAUUCUUUUCGAAAUAUCCUUAAUGACACUUUCCAGCAAUAAAGAUUAUCCCAAUAACCCGAAAAAUAAAUUUCUUUAAAACAA